AGUCAGUUCCUUUAACUUGGCGUGCUUGCUCCACUUCAACGACUGUGCAGUCGAAACACCUCCUGUACCGUCCAAUCAUCGGCCUUGAAUUCCCAUAUGAUGUCACCAGAGGAAGACUUGGAAAGUGUAACCAUACGUGAUAAGCUAUUAAAGACCAAAACCAAACGGUCGCGACAGAGAGUAGAUGCGGGUGAACCAAGAAACAGCUACUCUACUAUUACCAACUUCAAUACUGGGACAAGUCCGUCUAUUCAUACGUAUGAGAAUGGAUAUAGUAUGUCUCUGACUAAUAGGGUUUAUGAGAGUUUAGUAACUCGCCAAAACAGAGAGUGUUCCAAUAUGGUGAUAGACUCAGUUGUGUCAGAUGUCACUCCUAAAAAUAGGUACAGCCAGAACAUGGUGUCCGAGAAACAAAGCCAAAAUAAGAUGUGCCUGAACGAUGGUGCUACUUCUGAUGCACACAUGACUUCUUUGUACAUUCAUAGCGUCGAAUGCCUUUCUGCAGCACCAAUGCCAGAGACCGGUAACUUUCUCCAGGACUCUCUGAAGAGCCGAAUACCAACUAAUUUGUCUGGCAGUGUACUUCAAAUUUCCGUAGAUGAGCGAAUAGAAAACAGGUCUGCAAGCCGAGAUAAAAUGUCCGACCCAGAGCAGAUCCAGCAGCACCCUUCUCCUGCUCACAGUCCCGUGGCUUCUCCCAGCCCAGACUGUAGUCGAAGUCUAGUCUGUCCUCGAGUAAUGCCCAAUAGCAUGUCCACGUCUGAUAGUAAAGCUCUAGAAGUCAAGCGCGCUCGUGUUGAAAACAUUGUGUCUAUGAUGUUACAGGGCCCAAGUGAUCCACGCCCGCCAAGGAAUUCUUCUCGGGUUCCUGUGAAUGGCUAUAAAAAGAGAAAACUCUACCAGCCUCAACAGCACGAAGCUACUAGAAUUCUGAACGGAGAUAAAGAAGUUAAAGAAAUAGAAAGGGGGGAUAAUCAAACGUUUAUUGGACCACUACCUAAGCAACAUCGUACAGCAAGAGAUCUUAAGUCACAACUUCAAAAAAUGCAAGAACAGCUAGCUGUUAUUCAACAACGUUACACUGAAUUUCUUCACGAUCAAAUCGAAAAUUCCUCAACCGAGAAUACAGAUGCAUUUUCACCAUCAGACCAUCAACAAAUAAAGCCAGAGAUUAAACCACAAGCAUACCCCCAUUCUAGUACUGUUGAAGGACGGGAUGAAUUCCCAUCGUUGUCUGUUCCAUUAUCUGCAAAUAAUAGUGUAGCCAUUUAUCCUGAACUAACAGAAAACAUUCGUUUAAAUACUGUAAAAUAUAAGAAGAAUGCUGUUCAUAUUACUGAAGAGGCCAGAAGACUAGAGCGAGGUAGUCAAGAAAACGAACUGAAGGAUCGAAUCCAAGAAAGCCGCCAAUCAUGUAUUGUCAAACCAAACAGUCGUUCUGGUCAAACUGAGCUGACCACUGACUUAGAUAUUCUGGUUGGUGAUCUCAAGUCUGAGAUCUCAACUAAACUGGCACAUAUUAUUGACUCUAUUGUGACAAGAUAUAAGCAAAACAGGUCAUUUUCUAAAACAUUGGAGUCAGAACCACCAAAAGAUCUGCCAUUUUUAACUCAAAUUCUUGAUUCUCCCCUUACCAAGGUAGUAGACCGAGGCAGCGGGGACAACAGUCAGAUUUUGGCUGAUCAGAGAUCCAAUGAUUUUCCUUGUGAUUCAAGUCCCAGACCUCCUGCUUUCUAUCCCCUAGGAGUGAGGCCUUCCACAACACUAUUCUGUCCAACUCCCUCAUCUCAAACAAUGCAUCUAUCACCAAUGAACAUCUCUCACAAUUUUCCCAUUUCCCAUCCCCAACUCUCAGGAAGCCUAGAGGGAACAGGAAUGACCAUUAGUAAUGACAUAAUGGAACAAACAGAAGCCAUUUCUUUUGUGAUGAUGCCCAAAAAGAAGCGUCACAAGGUAACUGAUACAAGUGCGAUCCCUCAUCUUAGGAACUGGUCAAUUAGUCAAGAAGAUUCUGUACCCAAGUAUUCUUUCAUUACUAGCACGACACAACCUUCCUUGGGGCCCCCUAGUUGCCCCCAUCAUCCUCCACCUUUGAUCCCCAUAUGCUUACCCACUUCUGUAGCUAUUCCCAACCCGAGUCUCCACCAUGCAGAAUUUUAUCACUUUGACAACUCCAAAUUAGCAUACUUCACUCAAGAGAAUAAAGACGACGACUCUUUUCCAUCAUCACCUGCAAUACAAACUCGCUACCCUGGUUCCCAAGAGUUCCCUAAUGACUCAUUGCUCUUCUCCUAUCUGAAACAAGACUUGGAAGAUGAAUCAAAUGGUGGAGACAGCCAGAACUACGAGUCAAGUCUUCCUACCUCUUACACCAGUACCCUUACUCCCAUGCACCUAAGAAAAGCCAAAUUGAUGUUCUUUUAUGCGAGAUAUCCUAGUUCUGCGGUUUUGAAGCUCUACUUUCCAGACAUCAAAUUCAAUAAGAACAACACGGCUCAACUCGUCAAGUGGUUCUCUAACUUCAGAGAGUUUUAUUACAUCCAGAUGGAGAAGUAUUCUAGACAAGCUAUUAGUGAAGGCAUCAAAAGUCCAGAGGACCUGAAGGUCACUAUUGAUUCUGAACUGAUCAGGACCCUUAAUCUCCAUUACAAUCGAAAUAACCACAUUGAGGUUCCCGAACAUUUCCGUUUUGUUGUUGAGCAGACUUUAAAAGAAUUCUUCAAAGAAAUUAUAGCAGGAAAAGAUCAGGAACAAUCCUGGAAGAAGACUAUUUACAAAGUCAUAGCUCGUCUCGACGAUAAUGUCCCGACAUAUUUCAAAACACCAAAUUUCUUAGAACAGUUAGAAUGAUUACGUUUUUGGGAAAGUUGUCUUUAUGCUAGUUUAUCAACUUCUAAACAAAGAACAUAUUUAAGAUAUCUCCAUGUAAUUAAGAAAACGAAAAACUUCAGAAUAGAUCGUUGUAUUUUUAGAGUUGUGCCUUGGACUUCAGCAAUCUUUACUGCGAAAAUAAUUUUUACUGUAACCCAAUUUUACCGCCAAACAGAGUGAUAUUUAUGGAAAUUUUCAGAUGUGUUUUAGUUAUAUUGAAACUUUCGUGUGCUGUGCUAAAGAAAAAAGGCACGUAUUUAAUUUAUUUUCAUAGUUAUAAUCCCUGAGUUUAUUGGUUUAUAUUUAAUAAGCAGGUUAUCAUUUUUUUACAGUCUAUACUAUUUCUUUAUAAUAACUACUACAAUAGUAUUUCGUUCAGAGAAACUUUUGUUUUUUAAAAAUAUUUGUAAUUAUAACCAUUGUUUUGUAAAUAUAUAUGUAGCCACUAGAGGUCGCGAUGAGUGCCCUAGUCAUCAUACAAUGAGCAAGCAAAUUUGUCAUCUGUUAGGGGAUACUCUUGUCCAAUUAUGAGCGUAAGAGCUAUGUAAUGUUAUAGUUAUUUAUUAAAAGACGUUCAA